UGUUAGAAAACAUGAGAGACGGCUAUGACUAAGACAUGCAAAGUCGCAUGUUGUACAAAGAAAAAAAAACGAAGACGAUUUGAUUAUAUUAUUUAGAACAAGAAAAUUAUGGACUGCUUAGACUUGAAAUUGCAUCUAGGCCAACUUGAUUAAUAUAUUGGUUUUGCUUCACGUAACUUAUAUACAAACCUUCUUUAAAACUUUAUGUAAACCAAUUUGUAAACAAGAAAAAAAAAAUCAUCAGCUAAGCAACGCUGGCUGGCAUCAAAUGUAUUUCAAAUGAUUAACGUCUAACAAAACUUUUAUAUAUGUGAAAGUUAUUAAACGCCACUAGUAUUUAUUAUCAUAUUUGAAGCCGCCCUUACCCAAGAAAAACCUAUAUGACAUAUAGCUUACAUUUAAACGUUGACUCUCCAACUUCAUCAACGUGAUGACCAAAAACAAAACAUUCACUCAUUUUCUCGUAUUCUCAUCAUUCAGAAAACACACAAAAAUUUAUUAAAAUCCAAUGGCUGCAAUGAAUACCACGCCUGACUCCGACCGGUAUAUACCAGCCACUGAUAGGAUCGGUGGCUUCGCUUACGGGCUAGGUGUUUCCAUUGGUAUACUUCUCCUCAUCACCACAAUCACCCUCGCUUCUUAUUAUUGCACAAGAACCCAUAUCUCCGCCUCUCCAACGACCACUCCGAGGACAAGACGCAGGCAAAGACAGGUCAAUGUAACUUCGCUACCUGGCGAAGAACGUUUUCAUUUGGACGGUGACGAUCAAAAUGACACCGUGGUGGUCGAAAUCUUGGGACUAAACGAUGAAGAAAUCAAGAGUUUCCCUAAGCUUCCUUACGAAGAGGCUCGCGUGAGUUAUAGCUUGCAAAAGGAUUCCACUGCGACGUCGUGUUGUUCUAUAUGUCUUGCGGAUUACAAGAAGACAGAUAUGAUCAGGGUUUUGCCGGAUUGUAACCAUUUGUUCCACGACAAGUGCGUUGACCCUUGGCUCAAGCUUCAUCCUACGUGUCCCGUGUGUCGUACGUCUCCGUUGCCGUCUCCGGCGAUGACACCUGUCGCCGACGACGUUACAUUUUCCCGCCGGCCGAUGGAUGUUUGACAUUUUUCCUCUUUCUUUUAAUUUUUUAAUAUAUUUUGAUUCUUGUUGACAUUUAUUAGAGUAUAUUAUCUUCAAGCUGUAAAUUUCACGGGUGUUAUUUGGUUGCUUAUACAAAAUACAAACAAUAUUAGUGAUUUAUUUUGAGACGAUUUGUAAUGUUAAUAUGUACGUUUAAGAUUAUAAUAUAUAGCGAAAAUGUGGAAAAUAUACAUUUACCAUUUUAAUUCUACUUACAAAAGCAUUUUAAAAAUAUAAAAAAGAAGAGGAGAAAAAUUAAAUUAAGAAGAAAAGUAGUAUAUUAUACAGUCGAAGUUGUUUUACAAAA